GGGGAAGGGGGUUAAACAUGGCUGAGGUUCUCAGGGCAGGAACAUGUUGAGCUGCUCUGUCCCGGUCCCCCCCGACAUCCCCGAGACAUGGCGCGAUUGGCCGAUUACUUCGUGGUGGUCGGUUACGACCACGAAAAGACGGGAGCUGGUGAAGGAUCAGGGAAGAUAAUACAACGUUUUCCGCAAAAAGAUUGGACAGAUGCACCUUUUCCGCAGGGAAUAGAAUUGUUUUGUCAACCCGGUGGCUGGCAGCUGUCCAGUGAGCGAAAGCAGCCGACGUAUUUUGUGGUAGUUCUGACCGACAUCGACUCAGAUCGUCACUACUGUGCAUGUCUAACUUUUUAUGAGGCUGAGAUUAAUUUACAAGGAGCUAAACAUAGGGAAACUGAAGGUGAAGAGGAUACGGGACUAAUCCAACCUGCCCAGUUUUUCGCACCAAAAAGUUUGGUUCUGGUAUCCCGAUUGGAUUAUCCAGAAAUAUUCAGGGCAUGCCUUGGCCUCAUUUACACAGUGUAUGUUGACAGUCUCAAUUUUAACUUGGAAAAUGUGAUUGCCAGCAUUUUUACAUGUUUGGUGCCAGUUGCUGGAGGUUCUAAGAAAUUAUUUUCACUGGGAGCAGGCGACCGACAACUGAUUCAAACACCUUUGCAUGAUGGUCUUCCCGUGACAAGUUCAAGUGUGGCUCUUCUUUUUCAACAACUGGGAAUCCAACAUGUGUUUAGCCUUUUCUGUGCGGUGCUCACGGAAAAUAAGGUUCUUUUUCAUUCAACCAGUUAUCAGCGACUUGGAGAAGCAUGUAGAGCGCUAGAGUCCUUAAUGUUUCCGCUCAAAUAUAGUUAUCCUUACAUUCCGAUUCUCCCUGCACGACUGUUAGAGGUGCUGAGCUCCCCAACUCCAUUUAUCAUUGGUGUACACUCCAUGUUUCACAAUGAAAUUCAAGAGCUGUUAGAUGUAAUCAUCGCUGAUUUGGAUGGAGGCACAAUCAAAAUCCCAGAAUGCAUUCAUCUCUCCCAGUUGCCAGAGCCCCUCUUACAGCAAACUCGAGCAACACUUUCUCUUGUAUUGCAUCCAGACCUGGAGGUAGCUGAUCAUGCUUUUCCUCCUGCUCAUACAACUCCUUCUAAUCUCAGGCUAUUGGAUAAGGAAGUCAGGGCAGUAUUUCUUCGGCUGUUUGCACAGCUUUUUCAAGGAUAUAGAUCAUGCUUGCAGCUGAUUCGAACCCAUCCGGAACCUGUAAUACACUUCCACAAGGCAGCCUUCCUAGGUCAACGUGGGUUGAUUGAAAAUGACUUCCUCACCAAAGUUCUUGAUGGAAUGGCUUUUGCAGGAUUUGUUUCUGAACGAGGGCCUCCCUACAGAUCGUGUGAUUUAUUUGAUGACUUAGUUGCUUUUGAUGUGGAAAGAAUCAAAGCUGAGGAGGGAAAUGCACAGAAAAUGUUGAAACACAUAAGAGAACUUGCAGAACAGUUGUAUAAGAAUGAAAAUCCAAACCCACACAUGACAUUUCAGAGGGUACCUAAACCAACUGAGGGCUCACAUAUGAGAGUGCACGUACUUCCAUUCCCAAAGAUAAAUGAGGAUAAAGUCCAGGAUCUUCUCCAAGAAGGCCUUUCUAAACACCUAAAUUCACCUCCUGCUGUUCGGGUUGAAAAAAAGUGUAUAGUACCUGCUGGCCCACCAGUUGUGUCAAUAAUGAAUAGGGUUGGAUCCAUUUUUAACAGUGCACGGAGACUAGAAGUUGUCAGGAAUUGCAUCUCCUAUAUAUUUGAAAACAAAGUACUGGAGACUGAAAAGACCCUGCCAGCUGCAUUGCGAGCCCUAAAAGGUCGCAUAGCCCGUCAAUGUCUCACACAAGAGUUAAGUCUUCAUGUUCAACAAAAUCGAGCGAUCCUGGAUCACCAGCAGUUUGACUACAUAGUCAGAAUGAUGAACUGUGCAUUGCAGGAUUGUUCAGCUUCAGAAGAAUACAGUGUUGCAGCCGCAUUGCUACCACUGACAACAGCAUUUUACAGGAAAUUGGCUACAGGGGUCAACCAGUUUGCCUACACGUGUGUACAGGAUCAUCACAUCUGGACUAACCAACAGUACUGGGAAGCUACGUUCUAUAAUGAUGUACAGAAUCAAAUACGAGCCCUCUACCUCACUUCCAGGAAUGACAAUUUUGAUUCUAACUUUAAUCAAAAGGAGAACUCUCCAACGCCACCAGAGCAUGAAAAAACAGCCAUGGACAUCGCAGCAGAGCAGCUGCGGUUAUGGCCAACACUCGACAAAGAGAAACAGCAGGAGCUAGAGAAGGGAGAGGAAAGUACUGUGUUCAGCCAAGCCAUUCAUUACGUCCAACUCAUGGUCUACCUGCUAGUUCCAUUAGAUACAAGCAAAAACAAGCUUCUGCGGAAUACUACAACUGGGGAUUGGGAAAGUGGAAGCAACAGUAUUGUCACGAACAGCAUUGCUGGUAGUGUUGCCGAGAGCUACGAUACUGAGAGUGGGUUUGAGGAGGCAGAGAACAAUGAUGUUGCCAACUCGGUAGUUCGCUUUAUUACUAGGUUUAUUGAUAAAGUUUGCACUGAAAGUGGAGUCACACAGGACCACAUCAAGAAUCUGCACUGCAUGAUUCCAGGCAUUGUGGCUAUGCAUAUUGAGACACUCGAAGCUGUUCAUCGGGAAAGCAGAAGACUUCCACCAAUCCAGAAGCCCAAGAUUCUACGGCCAGCUUUACUACCGGGUGAAGAGUUUGUUGGUGAGGGACUUCGUGUGGUCCUGGACCCAGAUGGCCGUGAGGAGGCCACCGGAGGAACGUUAGGAGGACCACACAUCCUACCUGCAGAGGGGGCCUUGUUUCUCACGACACACAGAAUUGUUUUCAAGGGCACACCACAUGAUCCCUUGGUGGGUGAACAGAUGGUGGUUCGAAGUUUUCCUAUUGCCUCUAUGACAAAGGAGAAAAAGAUCAGCAUUCAAAACCAGCUCCAUCAGAACAUGCAAGAAGGACUACAAAUUCGAUCAGCUACCUUUCAGUUAAUUAAAGUAGCUUUUGAUGAAGAAGUGAACUCUGAAAUGGUGGAAGUCUUCAAGAAGCACAUCGCAAAGUUUCGAUAUCCUCAGUCAUUCUUCAGCAUUUUUGCCUUUGCUGCAGGCCAGAAUGCACCACAGAUAAUUUUGCCUAAGCAAAAGGAAAAAAAUACUUCUUUCCUCACCUUCUCGAAGACGAUUGUGAAAAGUGCAAAGAAGGCUGGAAAAAUGACUAUAGGCCGUCAGUAUUCUGUGAAGAAGAAACUAAGUCUAAUGACAGUGGAUGAAAGAACAAAUCGAACCGGUUGGAAUCAGAAUGAAGAAGAUGAAAUCUCCGUUUCAGAUGAUGGUGAACUUCCCACCAGUAGCACUUUGAAAGCUGCAGAAAAAUCAACCAUGGAGCAGUUAGUAGAAAGAGCCUGUUUCCGGGACUACCAGCGCCUUGGUCUUGGAACUAUUAGUGCCAGCUCCUCCCGGUCAAAGACUGAGCACUUCAGGAUAACUGCUGUCAAUCGGAUGUAUCUAUUGUGCAGAAGCUACCCUGGACUUGUGGUAAUACCUCAGUCAGUACAAGAUGCCAGUUUACAGAAGGUAGCGCGUUGUUAUCGACACAACAGGCUGCCAGUUGUAUGCUGGAAACACUCCAAAACAAAGGCUGUUCUGCUGCGGUCUGGUGGAUUCCAUGGAAAGGGAGUUGUUGGACUCUUCAAAUCCCAGAAUCCACACUCAGUUGCUCCUGCAUCCUCGGAAUCCUCCAGCAGCAUCGAACAAGAAAAAUAUCUACAAGCCUUGUUGAGUUCAGUACCCAACCUAUCCAAAAUAAACGGUUGCAGCAUGCUUGCCAGCCGACCCGCUGUCACACUUUCUCCAGAUGCAAACAUUGACAAACGGUCCUCUCGCGUGACCACUGUUGUAAAGCAAGUGGUUCCAGGACAUUCAGAUGUGCAUCUUCCAAACAGUUUUGCACGUGGAGUCCUUGGGUACAGGGAUAAGUUGUUCACUCAUUCUCAGCAAAAGAGUACAGUCAAGGGAAAAGUCUUCAACCAAGGAAUGUGGGCCAGUUUGCGCUCCAGCAGUCGCUUUAAUGCCCAGUUUCCAACGACUGAUGUCGGAGCUAGGUUGGCAGGAAAAGAUAGCCCUGUGAACGUCAGCCACGACAGUCAACUGCAGAGCCAGCUUUUGAAGCACCAAGCAGCGCUGUACCUGUUUGGAGAAAAAUCUCAGCUGAGGGGCUUCAAACUUGACUUUGCAUUGAACUGUGAGCUUGUACCUGUGGACUACUGCGAUGUUCGUCAAGUAAAAGCCAGUUUCAAAAAGCUGAUGAGAGCAUGUGUACCAAGCACGUUUCCCACUGACCCUGAAGUAACUUUUUAUAGGUUACUGGGGGAGUCGGAAUGGCUCCUGCAGCUCCAUAGAAUAUUGCAGCUGGCUGUAUUGAUUGCAGAGCUCCUUGAGAGUGGUUCCUCAGUCAUGGUCAGCCUGGAAGAUGGUAUGGAUAUCACAACCCAGGUAAUCUCCCUGGUACAGUUGCUGUGUGACCCAUUCUACAGAACCCUGGAAGGCUUUAAAAUGUUGAUUGAGAAGGAAUGGCUAUCCUUUGGCCACAAAUUCAGCCAGCGCAGCAACCUGACUCCCAACAGUCAAAGCAGUGGCUUUGCUCCCAUUUUCCUACAGUUUCUUGAUUGUGUACAUCAGAUUCACCACCAGCACCCUACAGAGUUUGAGUUCAAUCAGUAUUAUCUGAAGUUUCUGGCCUACCAUUACGUCUCCAAUCGGUUUAAAACCUUUCUGCUGGACUCAGACUACGAAAGGAUAGAACAUGGAAUUUUGUUUGAAGACAAGGGAGACAAGCAGGCCAAGAAGGGCAUCUGUAUUUGGGAUUGUAUUGACAAGAUGCAUAAGAAAGGCCCAGUUUUCUUCAACUAUUUAUUCAGUGCUGAAGAAGGAGAGAAACACAUACUAAGGACCUGCAUAAACAUUUCUGCUCUGAAGAAAUGGGAUUACUACACUGGAGAGACUCUCUCAAGUGGUCCUUCAUAUGAAUGGGAUAUGGUCACUGUAAAAGCAAGUGAGGAACCUGAACAGACUGAUGGUUCGGUUCCACAAACGCACAGAAAAGUGGUUUGGCCAUGUUACGACAAUGUCAGUAAAGUGCAACCGGAUGCCAUCACCAAGCUCCUAGAGGACAUUGAAAGACUAGAGAAUGAGCUGAACCAAACCCCUGAACAGUGGAAACCAAUGUGGGAUCGAGUAAAAGUCAACCUCAAAGAAGAAGUCAAACCAGAGAUGGCUAGAGGUGCUUCAGCACUGAUGGCCGCUAACCUGCAGCCCUAUCAGAGAAGAUCUAUGUUGCACUUGGCAGACAGUGGGAUUGGUGACACUGACAGGAGCACCACCACAUCGCCUUCAAAUGGAGUUAAUACAAGGAGAGCAGCAACGCUCUACAAUCAAUUUACUUCCAAAGAUGUGGAAAACAGGUCCUUUGAAGGUAUUCUUUACAAGAGAGGUGCGUUACUGAAGGGAUGGAAACCACGAUGGUUUGUUUUAGAUACAACUAAACACCAGCUGCGGUACUAUGAUACGGGUGAAGAUACUAACCCCAGAGGAUUCAUAGAUCUGGCUGAGGUUGAAUCUGUUAUUCCAGCUACACCAACAAUAGGAGCACCUAAACAUACAAAUGAGAAAGCUUUCUUUGAUUUGAAGACAAGCAAACGUGUUUAUAACUUCUGUGCACAAGAUGCUCAGAUUGCACAACAAUGGAUGGACAAAAUCCAGAGCUGCAUUUCAGAUGCUUAACAAGAAUGCAUUUAUCCAUAAAUUCAGGGUGGAAACACAGUAGACGGAAGUCCAGUUUCUGCAGUAAACAAAAGUCCAACCUCCGCAAUGAAGAGUGUAAUGAUGGUGAUGGUGUCAUCACAGGAUACAUCAAUCAAGCAAAGUGAUGAUUACUACUAACAUACUGACCUCUGCCCAGCAGAUCCUGCGACAAAAGAGCAAUGCACUGACAUCAUAACCAUCACAUAGCCCAUGCAUAACAAUGUGAAAUGUAAAGUUCAGCCACUAAAGACCUUAAUAUACUAUAAUAUAGCGAUAGUCUUUGCUUUGAAAUCUCUGCAUGCAGUUUUUAGUUUCUAAGGUAGUCUUUUGUCCUGAAAUGCUGUGAAAGCAUGAUUUUAAAACUGUCCAAGGGAGAAAAAUCACUUGUAAAAUAACCUUAAUUUUGUAUCAUUAUUGCUGUUCAGUAUCCAAAGCAAAGGUAUCCUCUAUUUGUGUAGUACUCCAGUCUCAAGGAUGCUCUAUAAACAGUAAAGAACCACAAUAGAAUCUUUGCACUCAAACCUGUGGAACAGUAUACAGAGAAUGUCUUACUGUUAAAGCAAUAGUAAACAAAUUGGCUGUAAAUGAGCUAGCUCGGCUAAUUCUGGAACAGCAUUUACUGUAGAAUAUGUACAUAAAAGGACAGUUUUUCAUUAGCUUGCCUUGAUAUUUAAAAGGUUUUUGCACACUAAAAAUUUAGCAGUGGUUUCUUAUUUUUUUUUACAGUGGAUACUUUUUUUAAGUGAAGAGUUCUAAAGAAUAUUUGUGUUACUGCCCUACUGAUAUGUGUUCAACCUGUAACACUGCUAUCUCCUGGAGACGUUUCAAAUUUAAUCUAGCUCGUGAUCUGUUCCAGCGUGUCUUUUAGCAUGUUUAUUACAUUUGUACUUUAAAGGAGUUGUAUAUAUGGCAUAAUUUGAUUAUAAUUCUCUACCUUGAAUUGCUGGAUAUAAAAUGAACCUAAUUUUUAACAAACCAAGGUGCACUAGCAAUUUAUAGGUCAUUUAGUAAUUCAUAACCAUUUGGGACCAAAUGAAAUAUCAUGCACAGCUAAAGUGUGCAUUUCCUUGGGAGGCACGAAUCUAAAAUUUUCCACACAUUCAUAUCGUCAUGAAGAAACAAAAGACAAUUCCCACACUAUUGACUUUGCUAACGUCUGUCAAUCAAUAGCCUCAAAUUGCACAUAAUCUUUAAUUUUGUGGAAAGUGUUUGUAUAUACAGUAAAUUUGCUUUGUAAAAUACUGAUACAAUAUUGUGCAGUUCUUUGUUGAAUUAAAUGCUUCAAUACUAAUUUUACAAUCUUUUAUGUAAAUUGUUUUAUGUAAUCAUUGAGUUUUUGUGACCCAUUUAUAUUAAUGUAACUUGUAAUACAAUGACUAUCAGAAAUGUA